AGUUGUUAAUUUACUAUUUACCGAUAUAUAUUAGCAUCGUCAAAUGCUCAUAACAAAGCGGAAAUUAUAAUUGUAUUUCAGCAACGAUUGCAAUUAUUAACUUUAUGCAAAUUACCGGACUAUUUUUUCCUCGCAUAUCCCUGCAAUGUGUACAAACCGCUAAUUCGCCACUCGGUGAAAGCCUUGCGUGAGCCUCGUGCGACGUGUAUGUACGCUAAAGAGAUGAGGAAGUGAGUAUUCGAUACCGAAAUUUACGUAACUAGCGCUGCAAAUUUCUUUUUUUUUUUUUUAAGUGUGAUUUUGCUAAUUGUUAAAAAAUACAUGGUAAUGCGCACAACAAAAAGAAGCGCGAAAUAUUUACUGACACGAUAUGCGUGAUUUGUCACGGGAAAUAAACUUGUUUUGUUUCAUUCGCGUGGCAGCGAAAAUUCCUGAAAUCGCAAUGCACGGGAUGAGCGAAUAUUUACAUUUGAACUAAAACCAAUGAAGCGAUCGGCAAAAUCAAAACAAUUCGUGAAAUAAAGAAAUGGACAAACAGAUGCGGCGCGUAUACCUUUUUUUUUUGUUUUUUACCGAGAUAUCGAUCGUUCCACGAAUCCCACAUACAAAUGCCGAAUGAACAAUAUCCGAAGUAUUGCAGGGGCACUAUCUCGAUAAAAUCCUAAAAAUAUUCCGGUAUUUAAACAUUCAACUAUUUAUUUUACACAAUUUGCUAUUUACUUUACAAAACGAAUUUAAGUAUCACUGUUGCACGCAGCUUUCUCUCUCGAAUUCCAUUUUACGGAUAUCGUUGUUACUAAAAAUUGUAUGAAUAACAAUGUGCAUAUAAUUGAAAUAAAGCGGCACAUUGCUUAUUAAAAAUUGAAACAAUUUUACUUCAAUAUAUUUUAAUAAAUAAAUCAAUAAUUGUGAGAAAAACAAUCCUUAAUUAUUGUAAAAUUUAUAUAAUUAAUAAUCUUAAACAGUUGGUUAUUAAGCAAGUCUACUUUCGAAAUAUCAUAUAAAAUAAAUAGUACGAGAUAAUUGUUGAUCAAUUCGAUGAAUAAAUAAUAUAUGUAUCAUGAAACUUGUUGCGUUUUCCCGAAAUAUUUCAGAGAUCGAAUUACGGCGUUGGCUCUUUUGAUGUGGUGCUUCAUGAAAUCAGCACGUGUAUCGGGAGUAAAAAAUAUUACACAUGGUAUAUCGAGGCAUGUACGAUCUAUCGGAUUUCCCGAGGGUAGCAAUAUGGGGAUAUUUUUCGCCUUGGGAAUUCCCAUAGAUAUUCCCGACUACUCUAUAUCGAUGGCAUUUUAUUUCGAAGCGAAUUACGGAUUGCCGAACGAAUGGAAUUCAAGUUAUUUUUAUGAGGAAGGUUACUACGUAAAACGAAGUCUUAAUCGCCAAUUAUUGUAUAGGGUGCUCAUAAAUAAAAUGGAAAGUCUGGGGUACUCUGGACUGGAUUGUUUGCUGAGAAUGAUUUGCGAAGUUGCGAGAUAUUCUUUAAGCGAAAAUGGGGUACUUGGUGAUAUCUUGCAAAUCAUACUCGCACCCUCCACAUCAAGAAGCGAAAAUCUUCCGAACGAGAUUAUAGAAGCCGAAUACGAGCAGCAUUGCGACCAGCGUUACGAAAAAUGCUCUAUGAAUCCUUUAGAUCUAGUAAGCCAUUAUGUCAGCAUCAACUAAUGAAUGUAACUUCCUUCGUAAUCAACAUUUAAUUGCUU